AUGAAUUAACUCAAUUUGGAUAAAUUGCUUUAUCCAAUUACGAUGACAAUUCGAGGUCUUAGGAGCUAUUUUAAGCAAGAUGAUGAAAAUAAUCGCAUAAUCUUAGUAUUGAUUCCUUAAUGAUUAAGGACUGCCAAAAUAAAGUAGAAACCUUUGUUCUUUCUAUUAUGCAUUUCAUACUUGACUUAAUUGUGAAUGGAUUUGAUCAUACAACCAUAAAUUUCAAUAAAAAUGUUCCAUCAUUAUAAACAGAAUUAAAGAACAAAGUUGAUUGCAUAUUACAAUUUGUAUAAUCCAAAGAUGUGGAAAUCUUAAAAAGAAAUAUCUAGAAAUUUUAUGAUUUUAAAGAAGGCUUUAGUGAAUCAGAAAGUGAAGAUGAAAAUGUUAGUUUGCAAAUCAAAUUGGUAAAAACUAGCUCCUCUUAUAAGGCAGACUGGUAAGAUGAAGGAGUUUAACCCUGAAAUACAGAGACUUCGACUUGAAUUAGACAAAAAAGAAUCCAAAAUCCAAGAAUUAAUUUAGAAACUUGAACAUGAUUAGAAUAACAUAGAAUUAAUGGUUAAUAAAUCCUAAAAGGAAGUCUCUCUACUUAAAACACAGUUUGUUUAAAAUCAAUAAACCGAUGAUUCUGCAUCUGUUUUUAAUAUUAAAUAUUUUGACUAGACAUAAAUAAUUGAUCCAGAAAUUCUUGUUCUUAUGAAUGAAAAAAUUAAGGACAUAAAAACUCAAUAUGAACAUUAUGUUAAAUAAUUUAUGGAUAAAUUAUAAAGUUAAAGGGUAUCUCAUAACAAUCAAGAUGAUAUUAAAAAACCGUUCAUUGAUGAUUUUACAACCAAAGAUUUACUAAAAAUUGCACUUGAAAGAGAAUCUAAUCCUUAUAUUAUCUUUAAGUAUAUUUAAGAUCUAAAAUCUAUUAAUUAUAUUUUAGAUAUUUUACGUAAUUAAUAACAUCAUUAUGGAAUUGAUUAUGAAAAAAUUAAUAAUGUCUUCAAAACCAAAAAUGAAGAUUUAAAAAAAAUAAUUGAUACUCGUAUUAUUAUGGAAGAUUAUCAAGCUUAAAUAAGUGCUUAAUAUCUUAUUGAUAUACAAAAAAAGAAAGAAGAAAUUGAUGAAUUACACUUAAAGAUAUCAUCAUAAGAAAAUGAAUAUAAAGAAUAAUUAAAAUUAUUAUAAGAUUUAAUAUUAAAUUCGAAUGAUAACUGUAAGUAAAAUGAAAUAAUUUUAAAUUAAUAAUCAAAGAUUGAGUAAAUGAAAACUGAAAUUUAUAAUCUAUCAAAUAUGAUCACGAAUGAAAAAUAGAAUUCUUAUUAAUUUAAAUAACAAAAUUAGUUUUUGAUGACUAAUUUAAAACAUAUUUUAAAUCUAUUGCUGAAGAAAUAAGGCUAAAGUAAUCUUAGAUUAGAUAAUUGUGAUUUAAUGAAAGAGAAUUCUACUCCAAUUAAAGAUAUUCUUAAUAAAUUAAAUAAUUUGGAAGGAUUUGAUCUAUUUAAAUUAAUUUAAGAAAUUAAACUAAUUAUUUAUUAAAUAGAAUCUGUUAAAGCUGUGAAUUAAAUUUAAUAAAGUGGAAAAUUAAAUAAAUAAACUUAAACGAUUUAAAUAAAUAAUGAAUUAGUGGGAAAAAAGGAAGAACAGAAAAUUAAAGAAAAAAAAGAAUCAAAAUCAAUUAUUAAAAAUUUAGAACAAAAUAAAUAUGAAACUAUUAAAAAAAGCAAAUAAAAGGUUGUCUCUACAUAAACUGAUAUAAUAAAUGAUUAUAAAUCAACCUAGUAUCAAGAAAACCCAGAAAAUCAAAAAUAUGUUAUUUAAUAGAAUGAAAAUUAGAUAGCUGUUUCAUUAAAUAUGUUAUUAAAAUAGGCUUAAUGUUCAUUAGAAUAUAAUCAUAAAAAAGUUAGAGACUUAACUCCUGAACCUUCUUCUGAAAAAUAAAGCUCAAUUUUUGACAGAUUAUACACUUAAUAAAAGUAUGAAAAUCCUAGAUGGCAUUAGUUGAGACCUUUAAUUGAAAAACUUACAGAAGAGGAAUUUCUUGAAGUUAUCAAUACUUUAGGAAUAUAUUCAUUUAGGCUUAAAUAGUAAAUAGAAAGCACAACAAUGGAAAUACCACAAUAUGAUAUAAGUAAAGUUUAAUAGUAAAUGAUUUAUUAAGGGAUUAACAAACGCAGAAGAGAUUCAAAUUUUAACUAAACAAAGAAGUAUUUUAUUAUUAUAUUAUGAAGUGUAUUUAUAGAAUUAGAUGAAUAGAGAGAAUAAGCAUUAAAACUUUUUGAACAACAGAGGAUAGAUACAUAUCGCAGGAGAAUAAAAAGACUUAUUCCUGUGUAACCUAGUUAAUGUUUAUAAGUUGAAGAAAAAUUAAGAUCAAAAAGUUAAAUUAGAAGUAGUUAGCAAAAGCCUGGUUACUGA